GCCUUGGCGAGGGAGCGCCAGCUCGGCGGGCGCAAGCGCUUCCCGAAGCACGCGGGCCCCCCGAGGCUGGAGGACAAGGUGAAGCGCGAGGAGUUCCUGGAGUCCUACACCGACUUCGAGUACAUCUUCCUCACCGUCGUCGGCUUCGCGCGCCUGCACGAGCAGCUCGAGGCCAUAGCGUCGCAGAUGAACGGGCAGAACUUUACCAAGAACCCGGGAGUGCAGAUGCUCGAGCGCGUGUGCGGCAUGACGAUGCACGGCGACCGCUCUGGUGCGCAGGCCACGCUCCGGCAGGCGCCGGGGACGCUGAUCUCCGCUUUCGCGGUGGCCAGGGGCAGGAGGGGCGGCAUCUGCCAGUUCUUCCGGGAGGCCUUCGACCGGACGGCCGACCCGUGCCUCGAGGGCCGCGUCAGCCGGAUGAUGACGUACUUGGAGAUGAGGGGCGGCCAGAAGGGCCUCGCCUCGGCCGGCGCCCCGCCCUGGAGGACGUGUCCCUGCAGAACUUGGGCGACAAGGCAACACCAGAAGACGUCGUUGGCGACCACCUGCGGGUCUUCAUGGCCGAGUGCACCUGGGCCUGGUCCAGGGAGCAGGGGCUCCAGUACGAGGCCGCCAAGGAGAUGA